CGAUGAGGCGAGUGGUACGGCAGAGCAAGUUCCGGCACGUCUUCGGCCAGGCGGUGAAAAAUGACCAGUGCUAUGACGACAUCCGGGUGUCCCGAGUCACGUGGGACAGUUCCUUCUGCGCGGUCAACCCCAAAUUCGUGGCCAUCAUCAUUGAAGCCAGCGGGGGUGGGGCCUUCCUGGUUCUGCCUUUGUACAAGACCGGCAGGAUCGACAAGUCCUACCCCACCGUCUGUGGCCACACCGGGCCAGUGCUGGACAUUGACUGGUGUCCUCACAACGACCAGGUGAUCGCCAGCGGCUCGGAGGACUGCACGGUGAUGGUCUGGCAGAUCCCAGAAAACGGCCUCACGCUGUCCCUGACGGAGCCUGUGGUCAUCCUGGAGGGCCACUCCAAGCGAGUGGGCAUCGUGGCCUGGCACCCCACCGCCCGCAACGUGCUGCUCAGCGCAGGCUGUGACAACGCCAUCCUCAUCUGGAACGUGGGCACUGGGGAGCCCCUCAUCAACCUGGACGACAUGCACCAAGACAUGAUCUACAACGUCAGCUGGAACCGCAACGGCAGCCUCAUCUGCACGGCCUCCAAGGACAAGAAAGUCCGUGUGAUCGACCCCCGGAAGCAGGAGAUUAUGGCGGAGAAAGAGAAGGCGCACGAAGGCGCCCGGCCGAUGCGAGCCAUCUUCCUCUCCGACGGCAGCGUUUUCACCACGGGGUUCAGCCGCAUGAGCGAAAGGCAGCUGGCCCUCUGGAACCCGAAGAACAUGGGCGAGCCCGUUGCCCUCCAUGAAAUGGACACCAGCAACGGCGUCCUGCUGCCCUUUUACGACCCGGACACCAACAUCCUUUACUUAUGCGGGAAG